UGUCUUUUCCCUUUCAUGGAUCCUGGGAGAGGUCCUCACGACUAUCAAGGUUGGGGAGUUUCAAGAAGGAUUGGAUGGCAUCACCAUCACUUUCGGCCCCCAGUUCCAGUUCCUCCGUCUCCAUUGCCAUUCGCUCCAGCUCCAGCUCCAUUCCCAUCUCCUAUUACUCCAACACCAUUCCCAUCUCCAACUCCAUCUCCAACUAUUCCAACUCCAUUCCCAUCUCCAACUCCAUCUCCAACUCCAACUCCAACUAUAUCACCAGCGUCAACAAAAACAACAGCGCUUCUAUCUUUGAUUCCUUUUGUGGUGUUCGUAGGAGUGGUAGCACUAGUAGCGUUCGGGCUUUGGUGGGUCUUUGAGAGAAAAAGGAAAGAUGAUGGUGAUGGAGAUAGGGAAAAACAUGAAACUCGAGUCGAGCUAGGUUUUAUCAGCUGUCGCAACGAAGCGGAGCUCCAGCAAGCCGAGGAUGGUUUACUAAGAGAAAAAGAGGGAGACUUUGCGAUUGACGUUGGCGUGCAGGAAUGUUCAGAAGCUCCAAUACACCAUGUAGAUUCUAUCCAAACUAGCAGCAAGGAGAGAGUUGGUGACAUCAAUAGUUGCCAUGCACAAGAAUCUUCAGAAACUAUCCAAACUAGCAGCGAGGAUAAAGCUUGCGAGAUAGAAGAACUAGGUCAUGCCAAGGAACAAGGUGGCGGCGGGAACAAUAGAUGUCGGAAGAGCCAAUUCGGGAGGUCUUUGGCCGCAGAGUAUGUAGAUGCUGCAAUGGCUUGCAUUCGUAACGAUGGAACAGGGACGAAUUCCUCGUUUACCGUCGUAAGGAUGAGGACCGCACUGAUAAAACUCACCCGGGCCAUGGAGAUUCUGAAGGCGGAGAGCAGUGAGCACGAGGGCCUCUCGAAAAUAUUCCAGUAG